CCUUGAAUCACAACUCUCUCUUGAGUCUCGCCUUAAGUUCAUUCGGGUAGAACGUGAAUCAAAACUUCUAAUGCCUUUGGGCAAUGUCCUGUGCCAUUUCCUCAUCGGUGAACGUCAAUUAAGUUUUUUUGAUUUUCUCUUUAACCUCACCUUGGCUUUUUAGAGAUCCACCUAUAUCCCAUUUGAGUUUUAACUCCCAAGCUGAUAAGCAUUACUCCUCGGUUUCUAGUUCAUUUAGAAUAUUAAGGGAUUUACCCAAAAGGAUAUGUCUGUAGUCUGUUAGGAGGUCCAGCCGAAUUCUCCACAUCAAAAUUGAAAUGAAAUAUCCAUCUGAUGACAAAGACUCACACGAUAUGGAAAAAUCCGUUUCUGGUCCAACAGUUGUUCUACUUUGGGUAUGGAAUUGGUUCGCAACUUUACCAAAAACUGUAACUAAUAUGUUUGCCGACUUUAAGAGUGGAGAAUUCCUUUCCAAAUUUUCAAUGCUAGAUGCUAUGAUGCAAUUUUUGGUUGCUGUUGCAACUUCUUGUCACCCUCAAGAAGAUGGAUUUGAUGGAGAAGAAGUAAAAAGUGAAAAAUCAACACCCAUUAAAGCUGCUAACGGUGGAGAUCUUAAAAUUUUUGCAGGCCCUGGAAGAACAUUACGGCCCAGAACUGUAGCAGCAGAAUCCUAAUUUUUGUAUUUAUUUUCAACUGUGAUAAUCAUCCCUACAUAUAUAUUGUUUAUAUUGUUAAAAAUGUUGUUAGAAUUUAUCUUGGAAAUGUCACAUGUCACGUUAGCAACAACUUUUUCCUCCAUUUCACUAGAAAUUUAUGUAUUUAGAAUAUUUCCUUUUUUUUUAGUACAUAAAACAAUUCACCCUUAAUAAGUAAAAGCUUUCAAUUGAACAUGUUGAACAUUUAAAAGUAUGUUAGUAGUCUAAUUUUUAUGCUGACAUUAAAUUUUUUAAAAAAAAGUUUUAUUUUUAAUAUAAUUCAGACUUUAACUGUACCGUCUAGUGAUAUUUAUGUGAGAUGCAAUAUUAUUGUAGUUUGAACCAUUGAGUUCGUUUUUUUUUUAAAAAAAUUUAUGGAGAAUUAUACUUUUUAACUUAAUUAGAAUAAUGUAGUUAAAAUUGAAUUAGUUCGUAAUUUAUUCCACUUUUUGGCCAUAUUUCUUUAGACACCUUUCAUGCGUGCCUUUUAUAUCGUCCAUCAAAGAAGGUGCUUAUAAAAUUUCUUCAGACCAAAUAUGGUAGCAAAUAAACUUUCGUUUAUUUAGAUUAAAUCUUUGUUUGAAAAGCAUUUAGAAUGUUAGAGGACAUGAAAAGCACUUUGGCUUUUAUGUUUGGUUUUUCAUCUGUGUUGUAGCAUUUUUUUUCUACUAUAUGGAUAUUUUGUACAUUAAAAGUAAUGUUUGAAAUUA